AUGGAGCCGCCGCACGCCGAGGAGGCCGCCGCCGCCGCUGCAGCAGGAGCAGCAGGAGGAGGAGGAGGAGGAGGAGGAGGAGAGGGCGGUGGCGCAAGCUCGGGCACCGGCCUCGAAGGGCCGAUGCUGAGGCUGGGGCUGGACGGCGGCGGGGAGGAGGGGGAGGACGGGGAGCUGGGGGCGGGGGAGGAGGCGGACGCGCGGCUGCCGGAGCGGCCUGGCGAGGCGGACUGCGGCUACUACCUCCGCACGGGCGCCUGCGGCUUCGGGGAGCGCUGCCGCUACAACCACCCCCGCGAUCGCGACGGCACUGAGUUUGGUGGAGGUGCCAAGAAUGGAGCAGCACAAGACUUUCCAGAACGACAGGGUCAACCUGUAUGCGAGUAUUAUUUGAAGACUGGAACUUGUAAAUUUGGUUCCAAUUGCAAAUAUCACCAUCCAAAGCAAGAUGGAUCUGUGCAGCCUGUUAUAUUAAACAACAAUGGAUUCCCUCUACGCCCGGGUGAGAAAGAAUGCUCCUACUAUAUGAAGACUGGGCAAUGCAAGUUUGGUUUUACAUGUAAAUUUCAUCAUCCAGAAUUUGGUGGUAUUCCGGUGACCCCUGGAAUAUAUCCACCAUUACAAUCAGCGUCUGUGCCCUCCCCCCAUACAUAUCCUCCAAAUUGGCAAAUGGGAAGAUCGCCUGCAGUUCCUGGAUCAUAUAUACCAGGCUCAUACACUCCAAUGAUGCUCUCAUCUGGAAUGGUUCCAUUGCAAGGAUGGAGCCCUUAUCCGGCAUCUGUAAAUCCUGUAGCAUCAGGUGGAGCACAACAAACUGUUCAAGCUGGACCGUUAUAUGGUAUAGGACACCAUGGAUCUUCCACCACAAUUGCUUAUGGCGGUGCAUACUUGCCAUAUUCUUCCUCAACUGGACAAUCGAGCAAUAAUCAUCAAGAGCAUGGAUUUCCUGAGCGGCCAGGGCAGCCUGAGUGUCAAUAUUUUAUGAGGACUGGAGAUUGCAAAUUUGGAACUACGUGUAAAUAUAACCAUCCUCGAGAUUGGAGCACUCCUAAGUCCAAUUACAUGUUCAGUCAUCUCUGCCUUCCACUUCGUCCGGGUGCUCAGCCUUGUGCGUACUAUGCCCAAAAUGGAUAUUGCAGAUAUGGAGUUGCAUGCAAAUAUGAUCACCCAAUGGGUACACUAUGCUACAGUUCAUCUGCUUUACCCCUAUCUGACAUGCCAAUUGCUCCCUACCCUAUCGGCUUCUCUGUUGCCACGUUGGCUCCAUCUUCAUCUUCCCCAGAAUAUAUUUCAACCAAAGAUCCAUCUAUCAAUCAAGUAGCAUCACCAGUGGCAGCACCGGAACCUGUUGGAGCAAUCUUGCCAAAAGGGGUAUUCCCUUCGGAUACCUUUAUGCGAACUCAGACUUCUACAAGUGUCGGCAGUUCAAGCCCUGGUGGUGGUCGCUGA